AUGUUGUUAAGUUCAAAGACUUUUCUUGGAUACGUUUGCCGCAGUGUGAAUUCCGUAGUCUGGGUUUCCGCAGAAGUUUGCUAGGAAACAGAAUCAACAUAGGACUGCAAGAGUUCUGUUCACAUCCACGCCGACCGUGAUACUGGUGUUUCGUGUUCGGGUAGUUUGGAACUAGAUAGUAAAGAUAAUGGCUAGCGAAAUAGACACGUCGAAUCGAGAUCCUAACAACCUAAAUGCCCACCUUGGGACUCUUCUAUUUGAUGACGUAAUCGGGGAGCCGGAUGGUACUCACAGCAUCAUUUGUGUAUGGAAACUAUCGCAUUGCUGCUUCGAAUUCUGGAAGGGCUUAUGCUACAAACUAAUGACAUUCUGUUGCGGAUGUUGCAUUGCUGCUGAGUGGGGUUGCGAGUUCGCCUACAUUGCUUUCUGGCAUAUCUGGUACAUCACGCCACUGUUCAAAGUCCUGGAGAUCAACUGCUCCGUGUGCCAGCGUCUGUACUCCAUGUGCAUCAACUGUUGCAUGACCCCGGUUUGUGAGGCCUUCGGGGGCGUCUUCCAUCAUUUCAAGCGGAUAUAACAGAGCCCAGGAAUUCAUAAGUAAACUUCAGUAAAGAUGCUGUGAUUGAAUUUGUACAUUUUAAAAAAGUAUUAACGACAAUUUAUUUUUUAUUACGUGUUGUAUUAUCAUCGUGAACUUUCGUGGACUUUUAUCUUGCACAAGAAUAGAUCAACUAUGGUGUUGCCAUUCGGAACAUUUUUUCUACUGUCUGGCCUUUAUUUCUGUGAUAUUGUUUAAGAAGUUAUAAUUCUCUGUCAGGUGUAGUUUAUCAUAAUUAUACGAAGACAAUAAAAAUGAGGAAUGCGAGAGUACUAUGUUUUAAAAGGUGUUGAUAGACCGUCCCUAUCGCAGCAUCCGUUCCUAGAAGACAGAGCUUUGUGCCAUAUUUGAUAUUCCAAAAUGUUUCGUUUUAUAAAUAAAGAAUCACUAAUAUAAA